GACCCUGAAGGAUAUAUUUAUAUAAAUAUAUUAAACUUUUUGUUUUUCCCAAGACAGAAAAGAGGGAUAUCGAAUAUCGUGAACUUACGUCAACAGUGAAUAAUUUUCAUUCCCGUUCGUGACGUCAACUUUUACUACACUCAUGACCGAUGUUAGUUUUACACGACAACAACAUGCUCGCCAAAGCCAAUCACUAGUUGGUAAUCACCGCAGAGGUGCUAUAAAGCUAGGGUGGAAUUGGAAAGUGCAUCUCUAGCUAUGAUCUAAAUUCGAAAAAGAAGAAUAUCUUACUGCGUCCUAGUAUGUAGUAAUCCAAUCACAUAAAACAUAAUAUAUAUGAAUAUAUACAGAGCAGUUUAUAGCACGCAUGGAGUAGCAUGGAGCGCAGAUCCAUAAGAGACGCAAGAAGCGCCCCCUUUAGCUCCAUGCAUGCAACUCCAUGCGAUCCAUGCACUCCAUGCCAUGCGAGCUAGCAAACCUUACGCAUUGUUCUGAAUUAUAAGAAUAGACUCACACAGAAGCCAAGUGUGUGUUUGUGG